GUGUUGAAGUUGAUAUAUUUGUGUGCCUUCUUUCUCACACUAGGCGAUUGCCUCGAAAGUGCAUUAGGCGGAGCUCUACAGUCUUUCAUUCACGUGGAUGGAGAUAGAAUGUGCGUAAUACCUAACUCGGACCACCGCUUCUAUCACAAUCUCACUACUCCUGACCAGAUUAAAUGGGCAGACGAGUUUAUUAAAUGUCCACGAUCGCCUAACAGACUCCCAUCAUUCGCGCCGUUUACCUUUACCAUCCAAUCACAUACACUUUUUUGCGAGGAUGACUUCGCGCUUCUGUAUGAGGUCCAAUGA